GCCCCGGAUGUCACUCUCUCACCAACAUGGCGGCUCUCAGCGCUGCCGAAGUCAUCGCUCAGCUGGAAAGCGCCGCCAAAGUUUUAAUGGCACCCCCAUCCAUGGUCAGUCAUGAACAACGUCAACAUGCAGAACACAUAUUCCUGUCAUUUAGAAAAUCAAAAUCACCAUUUGCAGUAUGUAAACACAUAUUAGAAACAAGUAAAGUUGACUACGUUCUUUUUCAAGCUGCCACAACCAUAAUGGAAGCAGUUGUGCGAGAAUGGGUACUCUUGGAAAAAAACAGCAUUGAAUCACUACGGACAUUCCUAUUAACUUACGUCUUACAAAGGCCUAACCUUCAGAAAUAUGUUCGAGAGCAGAUAUUAUUAGCAGUAGCAGUAAUUGUAAAGCGAGGCUCAUUAGACAAAACCAUUGUCUGCAACAGCAUCUUCCAUGAAGUCAGCCACUUAAUAAGCAGUGGUAACCCAGCAGUGCAGACAUUGGCCUGUUCAAUCCUAACAGCAUUAUUAAGUGAGUUCUCAAGUUCCACUAAAACCAGCAAUAUUGGCCUCAGUAUGGAGUUCCAUGGAAGCUGCAAAAGAAUAUUUCAGGAAGAUGACCUUCGCCAAAUAUUUGUUUUGACGGUUGAGGUGCUUCAGGAAUUCAGCCGACGGGAAAACCUCAGUGCUCAGUUGUCUUCUGUAUUUCAGCGUUACCUUGCACUAGCUAAUCAAGUCUUGAGCUGGAACUUUCUUCCACCGAAUUUGGGCAGGCAUUAUAUAGCUAUGUUUGAAUCCUCCCAAAAUGUGAUGUUAAAGCCAACAGAAUCCUGGCGAGAGACACUUCUGGACAGCAGAGUUAUGGAUCUCUUCUUUACAGUACAUCGUAAAAUCAGAGAAGAUUCUGACAUGGCACAGGACUCCUUGCAAUGCCUGGCACAGUUGGCCUCCAUCCAUGGACCUAUAUUUCCUGAUGAGAGAGCACAGGUUGAUUACCUGGCUCACUUUAUUGAAGGAUUGCUCAAUAUGAUUAAUGGGAUAGAAAUCGAGGAUUCUGAAGCUGUGGGAAUUUCCAAUGUUAUGAGCAACUUGAUUUCAGAGUUCCCACGCAGUAUCUUAACUGCCAUUCCAAGUGAACUAUUUUCUUCUUUCAUAAACUGCCUCACACAUCUCACCUGCUCUUUUGGACGGAGUGCUGCUCUGGAAGAAGUACUGGACAAAGAUGACAUGGUGUAUAUGGAGGCGUAUGACAAACUGCUUGAGUCGUGGCUUACACUCGUACAAGACAAUAAGCAUUUCCAUAAAGGGUUUUUCACUCAACAUGCUGUACAAGUUUUUAAUUCCUACAUUCAAUGCCAUUUGGCAGCACCAGAGGGCACAAGAAACUUGACCACCAAUGGUGUAACGACACGUGAUGAGGAAGAAAUCAGUGAAGUACAAGAAGAUGAUCGAGAGAUGUUCUCAGACCAGUUGGCAAGUAUCGGCAUGCUAGGAAGAAUAGCAGCAGACCACUGCAUACCACUUCUUAUAAGUUUAUUGGAAGAUAGAGUAACAAGACUUCAUGGCCAGUUACAAAGGCAACAACAGCAGUUUCUUUCAUCACCAGGACCAGCAACAUUGGAUAAUAAAGUACUGGAUGAUUUGUAUGAGGAUAUUCAUUGGCUACUUUUAGUCACAGGCUACCUCUUAGCUGAUGAUACUCAGGGAGAGACUCCUCUUAUACCUCCAGAAAUAAUGGAAUAUUCCAUUAAGCAUGCCACUGAAGUUGACAUUAACACAACACUUCAGAUUCUGGGUUCCCCAGGGGAAAAAGCUUCCUCUAUUCCAGGAUGUAACAGAACAGAUUCUGUGAUUAGAUUGUUAGCUGCUGUUCUGAGAGCUUCAGAAGUUGAGUCUCGAGCCACAAGGGCAAACUUGACAGAACUCCUCAGUCCUCAAAUGGGCAAAGAUAUUAUGUGGUUCCUGAAACGAUGGACAAAGACCUACCUUUUAGUAGAUGAAAAACUUUAUGAUCAGAUAAGUUUACCGUUGAGUACAGCAUUUGGCGCAGACACUGAAGGUGCUCAGUGGAUUGUCGGGUACCUUCUAGAAAAAGUUAUCAGUAAUCUUUCAGUGUGGAUUGCAGAACAGGACCUGGCAAAUGAUACAGUUCAACUCCUUGUAACGCUAGUAGAGAGGAGAGAACGGGCCAACUUAGUAAUAAAAUGUGAAAGCUGGUGGAAUUUGGCAAAACAGUAUGCAAGUCGAAGUCCACCACUGAACUACCUUCCUAGUAGUGUACAACGGACAUUGAUGAAAGCCCUGGUUUUGGCAGGGUUUGCUCAUGUGGAUACAGAAACAAAACAACAGUAUUGGACAGAGGUUCUCCAGCCACUCCAACAGCGAUUUCUUAAUGUUAUAAACCAAGAAAACUUUCAACAAAUCUGUCAGGAAGAAGAGGUGAAGCAGGAGAUCAUUGCUACACUGGAGGCACUUUGUGGAAUAGCUGAAGCAACACAGAUAGACAAUGUAGCCAUUCUGUUCACCUUUUUAAUGGACUUUCUCAAUAAUUGCAUUGGUUUAAUGGAAAUUUACAAGAACACACCCGAGACUGUUAACUUGAUCAUAGAAGUUUUUGUUGAAGUUGCACAUAAACAAAUCUGCUACCUUGGAGAGUCAAAAGCCAUGAAGUUGUAUGAAGCCUGUCUGACGCUUCUGCAGGUUUAUUCUAAGAACAGCUUAGGCAGGAAACGGACUGAUGUAGCAGCAGAAGAAGAGCAGUAUCAAGACUUGUUGCUCAUUAUGGAACUUCUGACUAACCUCCUAUCAAAGGAGUUUAUAGACUUCAGUGACACAGAUGAAGUAUUCCGUGGGCAAGAAUCUGGACAGCCUGGAAACAGAUCAGUGUCAGCUGCUGAUGUAGUCCUUUAUGGAGUGAAUAUUGUACUGCCACUUAUGUCACAAGACUUGCUAAAGUUUCCAUCAUUGUGUAACCAGUAUUACAAAUUAAUCACCUUCAUUUGUGAAAUAUUUCCUGAGAAAAUACCACAGCUUCCUGAAGAACUUUUUAAGAGUCUUAUGUACUCUUUAGAAUUGGGCAUGACCUCGAUGACAUCUGAAGUUUCCCAACUCUGUUUGGAAGCCCUCACACCUUUAGCUGAAACAUGUGCCAAGGCACAAGAAACAGAAUCACCACUCUUCGCUGCAACCAGACAUUUUCUUAAGCUCGUCUUUGAUAUGCUGGUAUUGCAGAAGCACAAUGCAGAACUUACUGAUGCUGCAGGUGAAGCCUUCUACACACUAGUAUGUCUGCAUCAGGCUGAGUAUUCAGAAUUAGUUGAAACCCUACUAUCAAGCCAGCAGGAUCCAGUUAUAUAUCAACGAUUAGCAGAUGCCUUCAACAAUCUUACUGGAAGCAGCACUCCCCCGACAUUGGACCGCAAGCAAAGGAUGGCCUUCCUAAAAAGCCUUAAAGACUUUAUGGCAAAUGUCGGUGGUCUUCUAUGUGUUAAAUAGACUUGAGCUGCAAACACCCUUGUUGAAGAAUGCACUGUAAAGCAUGGAAAAUCAAAGUUGACUGAAUUUUAUACCUGUUUAAAGGCUGUUGCCUGCCAUCUUGGAUUUUAGGCUCUCAGGAUAUUUGGUCUAAGCCUACCACAUUAAGACAGAAGGAUGAACCCACCACUAUUCAGUUGCCAGUAUUUCUUAGCCAUGAUUUGUCAUAUAAUCUAAUCGUUUACUUAAAAAAUGAAUGAAAAUAGUGUAUUUUAGAAAAUUCCAGUAUGUGUGGAUGAAUGGGCACAGUGAAUGGAUCCAGUGCCUUUUCAUGUCUGGUUUAAACCAGCUGCCCAAAUGGCCAGAUAAACUGUCUUAUUGCUUAUAUUUGAACCCUUGCUUUGAGGGAAUCACUGUAGACAAAAUACACAGCUGUAAAUGUUAUGGCUGAAAUGAGCUUUAUUUUUUUUUCCAGCAUAUGGAUUUAUUUGUGACCUAAAGAAAACACCAAAUUGUAGCGUUCGAAACUUGAUUUUUUUUUCAUAUCAGGCAGUGAUCACGUCGUACACAAUACUUCAGAUUCACUUUGUACUGCCUGCUAUUCAGAAUAAAAUAUAUAUUUUUGCUUCCCAACCGUGAAUUUUAGGAAUUGUAACCAGUUGCCUUAUUUUCUGUAAAUAUGAAAACUUUGUGUUCUGAAACACCUGAAACUGGAUUGCCAAAGUGGCAACUUUUGUGUUGUUUUUUUUCUUGUAAUUUCCCCUUCCUCUAAAAUGAAAAGUUUGUCAUUGUUUGGUGUCAAAAGUACCUGUAGUGUUAACAUUUACUUAAGAAUGAAAAUCGUCAUUUUGGAUACUAAAAUUAAGUCAUUUAAGUUCUACAUUAAGGCUUAAAGGGAUUUACUUUUUAAACAAAACAAAACUUUACACCUGAACUGUCACACUGCUAGGUUCUUGUGUCUUAUUUGAGCAAUAAUGAAUUCUAGGGUGUGAAUUCUUUAAUAAUGUACACCAGGAUAAACUGGGCAUUAAUUUAAAAAAAACUCUAGUUUAUGCUGUUGCAUAGUCAAUCAAACUUUUAACACUUUUAGAAUAAAUGUAAAUAAUCUGUUGGCAUUUUGUUUGUGACAAAUUCGCCUUGACUAGCCUUUGGACAACAAAUGACAAUGUAGAUACAUAAGUAACUGCAUAUUAUAAUACUGCACGGUACAUUCAGGAUUCCAAAAUGAAAAAUAAAAUUAAUCAGGAUGAGAGAGUUCUGAGUAUGAACAUGCAAAUUAGUUUUAAAAAUAGGGAUGAAGUGAACAAAGCUUGUGGUCAUACCAUUUAAUAAACGAAAUAGAAAAUGUAUAGUAGGUCACUCAACACCUGAAAGAGAAAGAUGGGUAACUUUUUGGAUAUGAUCCAGUUUUAAGAAAGCCUCCAUCUAAAAUGUUCACUAAUCUUUCCCUUUUCAGUGUUGACUUACUUGCUGUGCAUUUUUAUUUUUGGUAUUGGUGGUUUUUCUGUUCACCCGAGAAGAGAGAGUAUUCUCUUUGAUGAACUUUGUACAGGUUGUAUGUCAAAACUACUGAAAAAUAAUUGUACUUGGUUAAGUUUCUUUUCAGGCCAGCCAACAAGUGGAAUUUUGUAUGGGUCCCAUAACACACUCAAUUUAAAAUAAAAUUAAAGUAGCUAAUGGAAUUAAAGUUGCUGCAUUUUUUGCUUUUCAUUUUUUCUGGAAUAUGAAAUCUAAUCUACAGAGGAGGAAAUAGAAUACAUUUGAGAGUCUCUGCAGACUGUUGUAGAUCAGUUUUCUGUAGGGGACCUACUCCCAAACUCCAGGGCUCUUCAAAUACUCUGUUUAUGUUUGGGGGUUUUUCCCUUAGAUGGGCAAUGGCACAAUUUACCACCCACUUUGUCAGGACUUCAAAACUCAAUGUACAAAGCGAAGGUUAUUCCAUUUAACGAGGGAACAUUUGACCCGGCAUACUCUAUAUCUUCAUUUUCAGCUACUUUGUUUAUUUUAAAUUAGGUUUGUACGGUACCAAAUUCUGCGAGCUGGCCAGUAACAUGGUUAUAGAACAUGUCAAGAAUCAUAUUGAUACAUGCUUUUUUUUUGAUUAGUCAAAUUAUUACAGCAUGCCAUGUUUGUACAUCUAUUCUCAGAAAAGAUGAGUGAUCAGUAUAUCACGCAGUGCUUGAGAUGUGCAUCCUAUUUGGUGGCCCAUAUAUUGAAAUUUAACUUGCAUAUUUUAUUCCCUUUCACCAGUCUCCCAUUAAAAUGCAGUAAAUGUACAAUACUGAAUACUGCAAUAAUUUGAAUCAAUCAUCCUUUGUUUUUAAAUAAGCGCCAUGGAAAUUGGUGAUAUCCUUUUGGGUGCACUGAAAGAUUGUGAUAUUUAAAUAAAUCAAGCUUGAAGGAGUUGCAUGUAUACAAGUUGUACAUUGUAGGAAGACCAACAAAAAUGCAGUUUCAACCAAUUUAAGCACAAAAUGCAGCUUAAAAUAUUGCCUAGCAAAAAUGAGCAUUGGCUUUUCCUGUUUUGUUCCCCAGACCCCUCCCCUUCAUGUAUUGUUCUGGAAGAUGUAAUCUGAUGCAGUUUACCCAUCAACAAUGAUUCUAUUGGAAUGCAAGAUGAGAUGAUUAUCAGCACACUGAAAUAAUGAACCUUAAUCACCAUAUAUGCUCUGUAGCAGAGUAACUAUUCCUUGUGCAAAUUUCAUGUAUACAAAUUAGUGAUAAGGCAAUCUGGCUGUGUGUCUGAAUUCUGCAUUUCAUAUUACGAGAUUAAUGCAAAUACAUACUGAAGACCAAGAUUCUUUUUCUGCUGUGAUAGAAUUAGAAUCUAUUGUGAUAACUCAGACAUAAAAAAUGGGUGGUAGAGAAAGGGAUGUAGUGUACAGAUUUACUUAGCAUUUGCUUAAUGUUGUAUUGUGUUUGAAUUAAAGUUCAAAGGAUGGUAGACUCAUAAGUAUUCUACACCCAUAAAAAUUUAUAUAUUGAAUAUGCCAUUUUAUCAUGUUAUGCAAAUAGCUUCUAUUCUACACAAGGUUAAACUGCUGAAACUACUUUGUUGGCUAAUUUAAUCAUAAAAUUUAAAUUAAUCACAAAAGGUCAAGUUGUACUUAAGAAAACAAUUAAAACUUGUAUAAAAAUAAUUUAUAGGUAAAGAAUGUCUCUUCACUAUUGGCUGUCAUACUUUUGACAUUUUUAAAUAAUGCCACAUUUUAGUUGCAAUUCCAUGGUCAUAGCCCUUAUUCUGACCAGGAAUAUCCAGGACUGUUGAACCAAGUAUUUAACUACGCUGUGAAAUACUGCAGGUCAAGAAAAAUAAAAUACUCUGUCAAUUGCUGCCAUGUGACAACUACUGUGACCUUUUUAAUUCAUCUGGAAUCUGUCUUGAAUGAAUCAUAGCUUUUCUUGAUGUGUAACCAGUUUGUGUGGUUAUGCAUAAGUUAAUAGCUGUGAUGCAUUUAAAUAAUCAGUCUCAUGUUUUGUGCAUUGUUUUGUACUUUUUUGUGAUUUAUUUCGUCAUGUUAUAUUAGAUCCCUGAUGUGUGCAAGCACCAUUUUAUGUACAUUAUUUUAUAAAAAUUUUGAUCAUUUAAUUUUUUUAAUUGCACAUAGAAGGAAUUGUAAAGAGUUGAGGAUAUGUUUUGGGGACAUCUAACCUAAAAUGUAUCAUAUAAGUGUUCUUAUAAAACUUUUUAAUGUUUUGGUGCAGUUAAGUUCAGUACAAAUUCUGACUAUUGCAUAGUCUACCCUUCUUGCAUAGUACAAGAUACAUUUUUAAAAAGAAAAAUACACAUGGAAUGUUUCUCUGUAUAUAUGCGGUGACGACCAAAUAAACUUUGGCUGCUGUUUAAA